UUCUUUUUUCCUUUGUGAUUUUCCAUUGAACAUAACAAUCAUGUCGUCGACGCCCGGUUCUGCCGACACUGAUCCGACCGAUGGUGAUGAGCCACUGAGCCUUGCGCUUCAGCUUGCGCGCCUGAGCGUUGUUGACCGCGCCCGCUGCGAGCUGAGCACGUCGAGCACCAAGGCGCGCAUUGCACUGCUGCGUUCGAUUGUGCUCCCUGCUGCCUCGGCCUCGGCGACGUCGGAUGCUGCUGCUGCUGCUGCUGCUGCUCCUGCUGAUGUUGCUUCUACUUCAGACAGUGCUGCUGCUGCUCCUGCUGCUGCUGCUGCUGCAUUGGACGACGACGACGUUCGCGCGCUCGUUCAAGAACUCUUCGACACGGCCUUCCGCUACGCCGACCGCGAGUCACGACGCGCCGUCGAAGACGUCCUCGCUGCGCUGAUUACUACACACCCCGAUGCUGCUUUGCCAGCCAUCAUCACAGCACUUGCAGCCGCCGCCAAGCGAAGUGUCACUGCCGUUCUCUCCACCUCACAACCUGCCUUCCUGGUCUACUUGUCGUGGGCAUGCGCCGUGCUCAAACACGCCUUCCCCGUGCUCAACACGUCGGCGCAAACCGCCAAGCUCGACUCGUUGCUGGAGAGCCUUGCGCAGCUCCUCGAAAGCUGCUUGGUGACGCCCCGCGUGUCCGUUCAGCGCUCGGCUGCUGCUCGCGUGUCUGCGCUCUUCCGACGCAGCUCGGCACGCCGCGCCAGCCCCGCGCACCACGACCUCGUCAAAGUCGUGCUGGAACGCCUGCUUGCGCUGACGCCGACCGCCCCUGCUCUGCUCUUGCUGUCGCAGACGAUUGCAUACAUUACGCGCGUUGCCUCACGCGUCCCCAAGCCUGCAACAACUGGAGACGCCACCGCCACAGCAUCGCCAGUGCCUGCCAACGUCGCUGCCUGCCAGGCUCUUCUGGACGCGCACAAGAAGGCGGCGAUCGAGUUUCUGCUCAAGACCACCGUCACAACCAAGACGCGCCCGGCCGGCCACGUCGUGCAAUUCUCGCUGGCCAUUGUGCGCCUGGUUUCGCACGACGAGUUUGCCUCGUCCAUGCUCACGGCCAUCGACAAGGCCGUCUUGCGCAACCCCGAAGUCGUGCUCAACGCGAUUGCUGGCAUCUUGGGCGCCGUUCGCAUCGACUUGAGCAAGUACGCGGCGCAGCUGGCCAAGAGCCUCUGCACGCAACUCAAGGCCAACGACGAGAGCGUGCGCGCCGACGCCUGCCUGCUCUUCCGCAACCUGGCUCGCCAAUCGUCCGACCCCGCGGCCGUGGACAGCAUCCUCGCCAACCUCUUUGACGUGUUGAACGGCGUGCACGGCAAGCUCACUGCUUUCGAGCACCGUGCCAGCGUUCUGGAGGCCAUCGCUCUGGUCCACGACGCUCAGCUCGUGGCUGCUGCCAAGCACACUGUGGCAGUCACCACCAUUGAAAAGCUCGCAGCGGCACUCGCCAAGGAAACGCACGACGGCACCAUCGCGCAAAUCUUGGACACGAUUGCCAUCUGGGCCGCGCAUCUCUCCUCCUUCCCCGCAUCUGUUAGCACGCUCUUCUCCGAAGGCAUCAAGUCGGCCAAGCCCGCCAUUGCCCGCGGUUACUUGAACGCACUGGCUGCAGCCACAAAGGCCAGCCCCACGGUUGCCGCCGCUGCUGCCGGCAUCUUCACCGAUGCGCUGCUUGGCGUGGUGCGCGCCGCCAAGACACAGACCCAACUCCAGCUUUCGAGCAAUGCGGUCGUCGCUGCCACCGUCCUCUUGUACCUGCUGGGCGCUGACGUGAGCAUCGAGGCCAAGCUCGGCGCUGACAAGUUCUGGGAGACGCUGUUCGACGCCAAGUCCAAGUUGAUUCUCACGGACAAGCUGAUUGCCGCCACUCCCGACAAGGACUUGGCAGCAGAGGUGGAUCUGGCUGCCCAGCUGCUCCGUGCUCACGAAGCUCGCUUGAAUGAGGCGGAUGCCACUGCCCUCAGCCUUGCUGUUGUUCAGCUCCUCGGCGCCUCCAGCUGGUCUGUCCGCAAGCAUGCGCGCGAGCUCUUCUCGGCCGUGCUCUCGUUUGUCAACGCCAAGGCCACCCUGACGCGCCUGUUGGACGCACUGCGCGUGAGCGCCUUCAAGUUCGCGGGACUCCCCACCGUCUUCUCCAACGCCCUGUUCACUGUCACCGCGCUGUCCGCGACUGCCUCAGGUGCUGACAAGGAAGCCGCGGCGCUCGGGUCGCUCAUGCUCGCCCAUCACCCCACCUUGCCAGUCGUCUCUGCCGCCCACCCGUCCGUGUGGAUUUCCAUCCUUACCCGCAACAAGGUCGACGCCGCCGAGUUUGUCGUGCCGCGCGUUGAGCGCUUGCUCGAUCUUGUCCAGGGCCCCGAGGGCUUGGGCAACGCCGACGCUGCGACCCAACAGGCCGCCUCCCGCGCUCUUGCCUCGCUCAUUCGCAUCAGCCCGAAUCCAGUCCUCUCUGCGCUCAUUCGUCGCAUCACGUCUGGCGCCGACAGCGCUCUCGUUGCCGGCGUGGGUGAGGAGGACGUUGCCAUCUGGAAGACUCCCGAAGGCACCCUGCACAACCGCGACCUCAUCAAGGAGGCGACCGAGAACGCCGCCUCAACCUCGGGUCUGUCCAAGACGGCCGCCUGGGAUGCCAAGGUCAAGGCUGAGAUUGCGGCCAAGAAGGCUGCCGCCUCUGGCCAAGCCGGUGCUCCCAAGGUCGAGCUGUCCAAAAAGCAGCAAGAAAUGGUGGCCAAGCAACUGCAAGCCGAGUCCGAGACUCGCGCCAAGGUGAACUGCGUCUCGACCUCUGUCUCCACUGCGCUGACCCUCGCCCGCACCAUGAUCCACACUUGCAGCCCACGCACCACGAGUGGUCUGCUUCCAGUCCUGGAGGUCCACGAGCAUUUGCCGGCCAUUGUCUCCACACUGCUGCCGCUCUUUUCCUCGCCACUCGUUUCAGAGGAAGCCGUCACCACCUUCCUGACGCUUGAGGAGCCCCUCCAUGUGCAAGCCCAGCUGCCCUUGCCUGCUCAUGCGCACGCUGAUGCCACCGCCCACGUUGCUGGCCGGCUAAGUCGCGUCGCCCGCUCUCUGCUCUACGCCACGCUGCGCAGCAUCCAGCCUCGCGUGUACGCGCCACUGCCGCAAGCUUGGACCCAGGAGCCCCUCGCCCAUCUGGUUGCUCGCGUCGUUGGCCGCAUUUCCGUGUUUGUCGACGCUCGACUGCUCCCUGCCGGCGAGUUUGCCAUCUGCUUGCCCUUGCUGCGAUCGGUUCUGCUCGACCCCAAGGCCACCCUCCAGCUGGCGCACCAGGCCUUCCGCGCCGCAGCGCUCCACGUCGAUCUGGGCAACCAGCGCGAGCUGCCUCGCUUGGAUUUGAUCAAGCUGCUUCUCGUGGUGAUUGUUCGCCACAACCGCCUCGAAAAGGAGGCUUCUGGCGCGCUGGUCAAGCUGGCGCAGUCCAUGGGCGACUCUGCCACCCCCGUCGAAGUCCAGGCGCUCCUCGACGCCGUUCUCUCGGCCUCUCCCACCGUCCGCGAGUCCUCCCUCGAAGCUCUGGCCCAUGUCCCCAUCAACAAGGACUCGGCGCCCGCGCUCGUCCUCAUCUGGCUCGCGCAGUCGGACUCGGAGGAGAAGAACAUGGGCUUUGCCAAGCACCUGUGGGACUCGCGUCAUCUGCAGCUCCAACCUGCGCACUGCGAUCUCUUUGUUGACAGUGUUCUGAGCAGCGAAGAGCAUGUGCGCGUUGCCGCCGCCCGCGCCAUUGCCAACGCCGUUGGCCUGUUUGUGGGCUCUGGCAGCGAAAACGCCGUCCCUCGCAUCACCUCGCGCCUCAUUGCGCUGUACGCCGAGUUGCUGCGUGCGCCCGAGCCCGAGCGCGACAUGCUCGGCAACCUGGUCAACCGCGAGUGGCAAGAGCCGUGGUGGUCCCGCAGCGGCAUUGCGCUGGCGCUCGCCGCCAUGUCGCCGCAUUUCGGUGACGCGCAGGUGCUCGAGUUUUUCCAAUUCCUCGUCAACGGCGACGCCCUCGGUGACUCGUCCGAGGACGUCCGCCAGCGCAUGCUCGAUGCUGGCCAGACGGCUCUCGACGCCCACGGCAAGCAGCACAUUCGCCACAUUCUGCCCGUCUUUGAGCAGUACCUCGAUUCCGCCGCGCCGCCGUCCGAAAAGCACGACCGCAUCCGCGAAUCCGUCGUCGUGCUGUUGGGCUCGCUCGCCCGCCAUCUUGACGCCAGCGACCCAAAGAUUCCGCCAAUCUUUGCCAAGCUCGUCUCGGCGCUCGAGACGCCCUCGCAGCAAGUGCAGGAGGCCGUUUCCAAGUGCCUGCCCCCGCUCGUGCCUGCCAUUGCUGGCGACAUUCAGUCGUACGUCCAGUCCAUGCUCCACAGCUUGCUCGAAGGCGAGCGCUACGCCAUUCGCCGUGGUGCGGCCUAUGGUCUCGGCGGCAUUGUGAAGGGCAAGGGCAUUGGCGCUCUCAAGGACUUUAACAUUAUGCCCACCCUGCAGGACGCCAUCCAGGACAAGAAGGUGCCGCGCCAUCGCGAAGGUGCCCUUCUCGCCUUUGAGAUUCUGUGCAACACGCUCGGCCGCCUGUUUGAGCCGUACAUUAUCCACAUUCUGCCGCACUUGCUCGUUUGCUUUGGCGACGGCAACAAGGACGUCCGCGCCGCCACCCAGGACACGUCCAAGGCCAUCAUGACCAACCUCAGUGCGUAUGGUGUCAAGCUUGUCCUCCCGUCGCUGCUGAAUGCGCUGGAAGACAACGCCUGGCGCACCAAGCAGGGCUCGGUCGAGCUCUUGGGCGCCAUGUCGUACUGCGCGCCCAAGCAGCUCUCGUCCUGCCUGCCCAUGAUUGUGCCCAAGCUGACAGAGGUCUUGACCGACUCGCACGCCAAGGUCCAGGAGGCUGGCGAGGACGCCCUGCGUCUCAUCGGCUCUGUCAUCCGCAACCCGGAAAUCCAGGGCAUGGUGCAAAAGCUGCUCGAUGCGCUCCGCGACCCCAACGCCAAGACCCAGGCAGCCCUGUCCACGCUGCUCGAGACUGCCUUUGUGCACUUUAUCGACGCCCCGUCCCUCGCGCUCAUCAUGCCCAUUCUGCAGCGCGCCCUCAGGGAACGCGCCACCGAGACCAAGAAGAUGGCGGCCCAGAUUAUCGGCAACAUGAGCUCGCUCGCAGACCACAAGGAUUUGCUCCCCUACCUCUCCAGCCUGCUGCCCGGUCUCAAGCAAGUCUUGCUCGAUCCCAUUCCCGAGGUCCGCGGCAUUGCUGCGCGCGCUCUCGGCACCCUCGUCAAGGGCAUUGGUGAAGACAAGUUUGCCGAGCUGCUCCCGUGGCUCUUGGACACGAUUCGCUCCGAGACCAGCGCCGUCGACCGCGCUGGUGCCGCGCAGGGUCUCAGUGAGGUGCUCGCUGCCCUGGGUGUUGAGCGCCUUGAGGCCCUCAUUCCUGACAUUCUCCAGAACGCGACCAGUGGCAAGACUGUGGUGCGCGAAGGCUACCUCAUGCUCUUUGUCUUCCUUCCGGGCACGUUUGGCGAGUCCUUCAAGCCCUUCAUCAACACGGUGCUCCCUCCUGUGCUCAAGGGCUUGGCCGACGAGAGCGAGGCUGUGCGCGACGCUGCGCUCCGUGGCGGUCAGAUGAUUAUCAACUACUUUGCCCAGACCUCCGUCACGCUCUUGCUGCCCGAGCUCGAGCGCGGUCUGUUUGACGACAACUGGCGUAUUCGUCAGUGCUCCGUUCAGCUUCUCGGUGACUUGCUGUAUCGCAUCUCUGGUCUGUCUGGCAAGAAGACCACGGUCAGUGAUGAAGACGACACGUUCGGCACCGAAGACGCUCGUCUGGCCAUUCUCGCCUCGCUGGGCGAGGAGCGCCGCAACCGCGUGCUUGCUGGCUUGUACAUGGCUCGCUCCGACGUUGCGCUCAUCGUCCGCCAGGCUUCGCUGCACGUCUGGAAGACCAUCGUGACCAACACGCCUCGCACGCUCCGCGAGGUGCUCACCACGCUCAUGACGCUGCUGCUGGGCUUCCUGGCCAGCAAGAGCUACGACCAGCGCACAGUCGCUGCUCGCACUCUUGGCGAUCUCGUGCGCAAGCUCGGCGAUCGUGUGCUCCCCGAGAUUAUUCCCAUGAUUGAGCAAGGCCUCGAGUCCGAAGACUCUGCUCGCCGCCAGGGUGUCUGCGUCGGCUUGAGCGAAAUCAUGUCGACCACCAGCAAGGAUCACAUCCUGGUCUAUGUCGGCCAGCUCAUUCCGGCGGUUCGCAAGGCCCUGUGCGACCCGCUCCCCGAGGUGCGCGAGUCUGCCGCCCAGACGUUCGACCAUCUCUUCCGCGUUGUGGGCAACUCGACCAUCGACGACAUUGUCCCCGCGCUGCUCGAGUCUCUCCAAGACCCGAACGUGGCGCCUUUCGCCCUGGAUGGUUUGCGCCAAAUCAUGGCUGUCAAGAGCCACGUUGUGUUGCCCUUCCUCGUGCCCAAGCUGCUCGUUCUGCCCAUCACCGCCAGCCACGCGCGUGCGCUCGCCGCACUGACCUCCGUCGCCGGCUCGGCGCUGAACAAGCAUUUGAGCGCCAUUCUGCCAGCGCUGCUGGACGCCAUCUGCAGCGGUGCUUCGUCCGAUUCGAUGCACGACAUUGAGGACGCCGCCAAGGCGCUUGUGCUCGGCGUCGACAACGAGGCUGGUAUGCGCCUCCUCGUCGCCGACCUGCUGGACGCCCUCAAGCACCCGCAACAGGCUUCGCGUCGCCUUGCCGCGGCCAACCUCCUGCUCGCGCUUUGCGACGAGUCCGAGUUUGACUGGUCGCCCCACCUCACGCCCAUCAUGGAUGCGCUGCUCCGCCGCUUUGUCGACGCCGACGACCGCGUCGUGCUCGCCGCAUGGAAUGCCCUCGCUGCCGCGACCAAGAGCAUUGACAAGGACGAGAUGACGCAGCACAUUCCGAACGUGCGCCGCACCAUCAAGCACAUGACGGAGAACGGCGUUGGCGGGCCCGUGUCCCAGGUCAAGGGCUUUGCCGUGCAAAAGGGCAUUGGCUCCAUCCUCCCCAUGUUCCUGCACGGACUCAUCUACGGCUCUCCCGAAACCAAGGAGCAGGCUGCUGCCGGCCUUGGUGACCUCAUCCGCCUGACCGACCCUGCCGCGCUCAAGCCGUACGUCAUCCAGAUCACCGGCCCGCUGAUUCGCGUUGUGGGCGACAAGUUCUCGUGGCAAGUCAAGGCUGCCAUCUUGGACACGCUCACGCUUCUCAUCGCGCGCGUUGGCAUCAUGCUCAAGCCGUUCCUGCCGCAGCUGCAGACGACCUUUAUCAAGGCUCUGCACGACCCUACCAAGGUGGUGCGUGUCCGCGCUUCGAACGCUCUCACGCAGUUGAUUUCCCUGCACACGCGCGUUGAUCCUCUGCUCAUCGAGCUGCACACAAACGUCAAGGCUGUGUCUGGCACGGUGCAAGAGUCCAUGCUCCGAGCGCUGUUUGGCGCCAUCUCGCAAGCCGGCGCCAGCAUGGGAGAGCCGGUCAAGAAGACUCUGCUCGACACCAUGUUCCCCUUGCUGGGCGACAACGACGACUCGGUCCGCUUUGCCGCUGCCCAGGUUAUUGGCGCCGUGUCCAAGUUCCUGAACGACGACGAGUUUGAGGCCUACUCCCGCCCGCUGCUGCAGGACAACGCCAGCGCCGACGACGACUGGCUGCGACGACAUGGUCUUGCCGUCACCCUUUCUGCAAUCCUGCGCGAGGGUGCCGAGCGCGUCUUUGGUCUUGGCCAUGGCGACGCUGCCAUCAGCGAGUCCAUUCGCCAGCUGCACGAUGACAAGGUUCCCAUUUCCACCGCUGCCGUCCACUCGAUUGCUGCCAUCCUGCAGCACUUUGCCGCCAUCAACCAAAGCGUCGUGCCUGCUGGUUUGAUCGAGGCUCUCGGCCUCGCGCUGAAGCAGGGCUCGAGCGACGUCAAGUUGGUCGCCAUCCGCGCCGUCAAGGUUCUCGCCAAGACGCCCAGCACGCGCGGCUCUGUCGCCAACCAGGUCAAGAUCCUCGUCCCUCCCAUGGUCGAUGCUGUUCGUGAGAAGAACACUGCCGUGCGCCUGGCUGCCGAGAGUGCUCUCAUCUACCUCAUUGAUGCCAAGAACGGCGAGGAGAAGAUGAUGAGCGUUGCCAAGCUCCUGUCCACGGAUCACUCGCGUGCGCUGAUCGACUACACUCGUCGCGUGCUGAUUCCGCGCGCUCAAGGCUCUGCCGAGAGCGAUGACGACGAUUCCCUGAAGCCUUUCUCGGAUGAAAUCACCUCGAACGAGUAAAAGAAUGCGGUUUUUGUUUGUUUGUUUGUUUCAGUUCCUUGGUCCUUUGUCCCUUUUUUCCCCUUAAGCCCUCUCUGUUUGUUUUGUUCCUUUUGCUUGUUUUCUUUGACAUGGUGAGUUUGUUUGGGGUUUUCUCGACCUUUGUCUUUUGGUUUGUGAUGUUUGCUGUACAUUAUCAAAAUGAAUCAAAUUUUGCUGCUU